AGUUCAAGUUGUCAGUUGUCACUUGAGACAAGAACUGAGAAAUUUAAACAGAAAACUAAAUAUUGACCAUUCAAAGUAUUUAAGUCAAGUAAAUAAUUUAAAAUGAGUUCGGGAUUUAUUUCUGAAUCUGAGAUCCUUGAGGCGAGGCGUGUACGUCAGGAAGAAUGGGAAAAGGUACGAACUGAAGACCAACCUAAAGAGGCUCCAGAAGAAGCCUACGACUCAAGGCCUUUGUACCAACGUUUAGAGGAACAACGGCUGAAAAAGGAAGCAGAAUAUGAAGAGGCACAUAAGCUUAAGAAUAUGAUAAGGGGUCUAGAUGACGACGAGAUCGGUUUCCUGGAUUUAGUGGAACGUACAAAAGCGGAAGUCGCCCAGCAGAUCAGCAUUGAGGAACACAAGGAGAUGCAAGAGUUCAGAGAAAGAGUUUCAAACCUUGCAGAGAGUGAAGAGCUGAGCAGGCUUCGAGCGCAGCUGGCACCAGCUCGAUCAAAUACAACACCACAAAAUAAUAAGAAUAAACUACAAGGGGUUGUGGUAAGAAAGAGGAAAGCGAGUGAGAUAGAGGGAGAGAAACAAGAUGCGCCCUCUCCGCCGAAGAACGGAGACACCAAUAAUGGCAGUGACGAACCACGUGUCAGCACUAUGCGGUGCGUUGGAGUGUUGCCUGGCCUCGGGCAAUAUGACACUGACACGUCCAGUGAUACAGACGACUCUUCUGAUGCUGAAGAGAGCGGAAAAUGCUGUGCCAAACUCGAUCUCCUUGGAAGAAGGCAAACCCAAACGGCCGAUUCGAAACAGAAAGGAGAGUCGAAAAGUUAAGCGAUAUUGUAUCUAAUAUAAUUGUGUUAAGGUUGUUAUUUAGAUUUGCUUAUGUAUCUUGUAUUAUAAUUAUACUUUUCUUAAACUAUUAAACUUUUUAACUCUGUUAGCACUGAUAAGAUAUUAUGCACGGUUAAUCGUUACAUUUGUAGGAAACUGACAUCAUUAGUUCGGCCAUACACGUUCGGUAUCUGUUCCGAUCAUAAACUUAUUAUACUAGGGUAAUAGACAAACACUCUCCUCAUUACGGCGAGACUAAAUUUAAAAUGUUCAUGUGUGCUAGUUUUACAGAUGUGUUAGUGAUUUAGUGAAGUGUGUAGUAUUUUGGUUUUGGUCAAUCCCUAUGACAAAUAUUGAAAAACGGCGUCAUAUUCACGUAUACAUAAUUUUAUUUUCUAGCACAUAUUUUUUUAUUAAUAUAAUCUUUAGAAGAUAGCGUGUUCACUGCGUAUAUAAAUUGUAAUUUAGUGAAUAUGUUCUACGAAAAUAAGCACCACGAAAGCAGUAUAGAAUAAUCAGUAUUUCUUACCUUUUAAAUGUUUCUUUAUUUGGUUUGUUGGUAUAGAUAACAACACAAUCUAACACAGAACACGACGCCACUAAAUUUUAUAAUUAAAACGUUAAAACACAGAACAAUAACAAUAAAAACACUGAAAUUAAAAUGUGAUACGAUGACAGGAGACUAUUGGACACUAAAUUGUUUCAAAACGGUUUCACCGUCAAUCUAUUCCGUCUCUUUCUCACACCUACGUUUUUGUGUAAGGAUAGUUAUCGUACUGUCACACAAGGUUUGUCUAUUACGCUAGUAUAGGUACUAAGCUUAUGCUAUUUAUUCCGAAUUCGUUUUCCGUAUUCGAAUGCAAGCAUUUCAUAAAAAAUAAUCAAAGUGGCGCACACUUUUCUAUUAAAUGAUUGAAGUCCCUGACGAUGGUUUCAAUGAGAAAUUAACAAAUUGAAUAAUAUCGAAAAAAAAAAUCCAUGAAAAUCAAUGAAUAGUCCACUUUAAAAUACCGCUAUGUGCAUCAGUGGGAGGCUCCUUUGCACAGGAAGCCGGCUAAAUUAUGGGUACCACAACGUUCUUUUUUUUUAUUUCUGCCGUAAAGCAGUAAUGUGUAAGCAUUACUGUGCUUUGGUCUGAAGGGCACCGUAGCUAGUGAAAUUACUGGGCAAAUGAGGCUUAACAUCUUAUGUCUCAAGGUGACGAGCGCAAUUGUAGUGCCGCGAAUUUUUGGCUUUGUUGAGAAUCCUGAGCGGCACUGCAUUGUAAUGGGCGUGGCGUAUCAAUUACCAUCAGCUGAACGUCCUCGUCUCGACCCUUAUUAUAAAAAAAAAAUCAAAAUAUUAAUAUUCAUAAAGAAAAAAAAAUUCUCUUUAUCCAAAUUGAACAUAACUAUUUUGUUAACUAUUUAAAUACAAAAUAAAUUGAAUUAUAUUUUUUUAAUUUAAAUUUCAAAAUUAAAUAUAACAAGAUUAUUUUUGUAUGAGUUAUUGUAACUUAACUAGUUUUGAAGAAGCAUCUAAUGAACAUAUAGACCAGUGCUGAAGCCUUUGAAAAUUGUAAAAAGUGAAACAAAAAAAUAGAAGAAAAGUGAGAUGAAAUCAAAGGUAUUUUCCUUGUUAUUUUCACAUAAAUUUUGAGGUAAUGUGAAAAAAGUGUAAGUGAGAAAGUUGUAGAUCUUUUUAUUACCUUUGGUAUUAACUUUAUUUCAUAGGACUUGUAGUUUUGCCGGAAAUCGAGAUAAACCGUUUUCUACCCUUAAACCCCCUCUCCCCUCUAUUUCCCGCCAUCAGAUCGCCCCUACUUUAUUUUUCCUUUUAUUUUUGUUAUGUUCUCCUUCUUUUCCAAUGAGUUUCAUCCUACUAUUAUUUUUUUUGGUUCCAAAAAUUAUCGACCCUGAUCUAAUAGACAGUUUUGAAAAGACUCAUUUCUAAUCAUUAUAAUAUUUGUUGUAAAAAUGCAUUAAGAUAAUAUAAAAGGUUCGUAAUGUAGUCACUAAAUUCUUAACUGUACUAUGCUUCUUGAAAAUAUAUGUCUCAGCUUCAGGGGGUAAAAAUAAUACCCAGCAACAGGCUAUGUCAUAAUAAUUUUUUUGAUGUGACGUGGGGCCAUUUUUAAGGCAUAAAAACUUUGGUAUCACACCUACUCCUUAGGGCAUAUACAUGUAAAUAUACAAUAUAAGUACACAAACAAUACAUAUUAUACACUUAAAAAUGUUUUAAAAACCAGUAUUCAAAAAAAGCGCGUACACCUUCCUUAAAGGCCGGCAACGCUCUUGUGAUUCCUCUGGUGUUGCAAGAGAAUGUGGGCGGCGGUGAUCACUUAACACCAGGUGACCCUACGCUCGUUUGUCCUCCUAUUCCAUAAAAAAAAAACAGUAGAUACAGAUGGCGCAAGACUUUAUGGGCUGUGAUUAUAUUGGGCUUUACUUAGUGAUGAAAAACAUCGAUAGUAUGGGUAAUAUUAUAUCAUAUAAGUCUAAACUGCCCGAAUGGUAAGGUGGUUCAUUCAUUUCAGUACUGUAUAAUACUUCUUAGUAUCGGUUCAUCAUCGCGGUAUUGUCGCUACGACAGACAUCUCUGGUCCGGAAGUAUAGUUUUACUGUUCAUGUGUUACGAGCCUUUGUGCACAGCGACCAUACAUUUUCCAAGAACUGUUAAUUACAAUACUAUUUUUGCAACUUAUUGAUGUGGAAUGUCUGGGCUCGAUGAUUAUUGACACUGGGUGUCUUAAAAUUGUUGAUAUUAGUUAUAAUAUACUGGGAAAUACUGUAUGGUUUUACAAAAAUAAACGUGCAAAUUAAUAA